GGCCAGUAGAAGCUUCAAGAUCCCUGAUUAUCUUAGGUUAACAAAAGUGUAAAUCGGAUUACUCAAAAAUACUCUAUACAACUUGGCCCAUUUAUCUACGUACCAGUAAAACUUAUCUUUCAUUAAAUUCCUGUGGUUGCCCUUAAUCACUAUCCCUUUGAGGAUUUUAGUACGUAGUUCUACUUCAUCCUCAGGACAUCAACUUUCCGUCCAAAUAACCUUUUCCUAUCUUUAUCUGGCCAUUUGUUUAUUUCUGAAAAACUUGUUGUUACAUUCAUCCUAGUCCACUUAAGAUACAAUUUCCUGAUUCCCUGACAUCAGUAUCUGUUAAAAGUCGCCCUUUUACUCACCCUAGUUCACACUCAAAACAUCGGUAUUAACAUUCGAUCUCUCCUAAUUUUCAUUAUAAAUUCAAGCCACCACACACAACACAGAGUCAUAGAGCUAAAGAAAACAUUCCCCGAGUCUAAUUAAGCAUCUACUAGCUAAACAACCAUGUCUAAAGCUUCUGCCAGCUUUUUCUUCAUUAUCCUUCUCCUCUCUGUUGCCCUAUCCUAUGCUGCUCGCCCUGAGCCAACUUUUCAUGAGGCCACCCUCAGCAAUAAUAUUCAAAACCAGGAUGUUGUUGAACCAAAACAAGUUGGUAAGGAAGAGAGCUGCAAAGGAGUCAAGGAAGAAGAAUGUUUGGAAAGGAGGACUUUGGCUGCUCAUCUUGACUAUAUCUAUACCCAAAAUCAAAACCCCUGAAAGUGUUCCCAAGGAUGAGAAUCAGCUUGUUUUAUUAUUUGACCAAUCUUUUAGUUUGAUUAUUGCCUAUAGAUAUAACGAAGGCAGUGAUAGGAAGAGUCAGUUAUCACAUAUAUUAAAUUGCUUUCUCUGUGUUUCUUGUUGAUUUUCCUUGUAUGUCAAGCUGUAUUCUCAUAUAAACUUCCUCGUGUAACCCUGCUGAUUGCUAAUAAUAUAUUUAUACUAUUCUUGUGA